AUGGAUGAAUCGAUUGAUGAUCAAUAUUUUUCUCAAGAAGUUUCAGAAUUAUAUAACGAUGGAAUUGAACAAAUUAGUGAUCAAAAAAUAAAUAAUCAUAUUAUAUGUGAUGACUAUUAUUUGAAUGUGUUAGGAGGACAAACAACACCUUGGUUUGCAGAUAAUGUAUCUGAUGAUAUUCACAUAUAUACACAAAAAUUUCUUAAACUUUUUAUGAUUUUGAUAUGUUUUUUUGGUUGUACUUAUUUUACUUGGAAAGUCAUACCAUCAGGUGUAAUACAUUUUCAAGAACAUGAUAAGUUCAUGUUUCAUGAAAUAAAUAAUAUUCAUCAAGAUGAUAUAAUGAUAGAAAAAAAAAUGUUGUCUUUUUUAAAGACAACUGUACAGAAUAAAUUCAAUGUUAAUAUCAAAGAUAAUAUUAACAUACCGAUAACAUAUGAUGAUUCAAAUGAUAAGCAAAUGUUGAAAAAAGAUUCUCCAAGACAACUAGAUUGUGGUUUUCAAUGCGUAUUACAUGAUAUAAUGUUAUAUAGUUUCAUCAAAUCAUUUUAUUGCAAAGAUGACAUUAAACAUUGUAUUUUGCCUGAACAGCAAAAUGGUAUAUUUUCAUAUUAUAAUGAUUAUGUAGAAAAAAAAUUUGAUAUGUUUGAGAUUAGUUCAAAUUCUAAUAAAAUAUCAGAUCAAUCAUUAUCAUGUAAUAAACAAUUGUUGAAUGAUAUUGGAAAUCAUAGAAAAUCAAAUUCAAACAAAUAUUACAUACGAACAUCACUAUUAGAAGCAAAAUUCGAUCAAAUAUUACAAACUGAACAAAAUAUUUUUCAUAAACAUGAAACUAAUGUUCGAAAAUUUAUACAAUUAGUUCUUUUAAAAAUUAUGCAUUUUCAAAAUCAACGAAAUUCGAUGAAUGUUAAUAAAGAAUCAUCAAAAGAAAAUACUUCAUAA